AUGACCCCAUCACCACAACCACAACAAGGCAAAAGCCUAAACGUGAUCGCCCUAAUAUCCGGAGGAAAAGACUCCCUCUAUUCUCUCCUGCAUUGCAUCCGUAACGGCCACAAAGUCAUUGCCCUAGCAAAUCUCCACCCUCCCGCGGUCCAAGAUGUCCAAGAACCAGAAGAAGACAUCGACAGCUUCAUGUACCAAACCAUUGGCCACGCCGUAAUCCCCCUCUACGAGCAGGCCUUGGAUAUUCCGCUCUACCGCGCCCCCAUCACCGGCGGCGCGGUUGACACAGCCCGCAUCUACCGCAAUGAUGCUGCAGAUCAGAUGGCGGAGAUUUCCUCACAGGAAGGAGAGGAAGACGAGACGGAGUCGCUCGUUCCACUGCUGAAACGGGUGAUGGAGCGUCAUCCGGAGGCGAAUGCCGUCUGUGCGGGGGCUAUCUUGUCGACUUAUCAACGGACCAGGAUUGAGAAUGUGGCGUUUCGGUUGGGGUUGACGCCGUUGGCUUGGUUGUGGAAUUAUCCGGUGCUUCCGGCGCCAGUGGAACGGAAGGGAGUGGUUACGCAGGCUGGGUUGUUGGAGGAUAUGGCUGGGGUUGGGUGUGAGGCGAGGAUUAUCAAGGUUGCCUCCGGCGGGUUGGACGAGGGGUUUCUUUGGGGGGAUGUGUCGAGUCGGGAUGGACUGGUGCGGAGGAGGAUCGAGAGGGGUAUGAGGAGGUUUGUGGUGGAUGAUUUGGGGGGUGCGGUUCUUGGGGAGGGGGGAGAGUAUGAGAGUCUGGCGGUGGAUGGGCCUGGGUUUCUUUGGAAGGGGAGGAUUGAGAUUGAUGAGAGGGAGGUCUGUUCUGGGGAGGGGGGUGUUGGGUUUAUGAGGCUUCGGGGGGCGAGGUGUGUGCCUAAGGAUGAACGGGAUGGUGUUUCGCCGGGGGAUGUGAGGCGACCGGCGUUGUUGGAUGAGAAGUUCUCUGGGGUUUUGGAUGGUGUGGUUUCGGAGGUAGGGGGUUUGGACGUCAAGACCGUGGAAGAGUCUCAGCCUGUGUGGCGGCUUGGGGAGGUCGCUCAGUCGAGGAAUGGCGGUACUUGGACUAUCUCGAAUCUUGCGGCGCCUGAGGCUGGUCCUUGUGCUGGGGAGCAGAUGGAGGCGAUUGCGCGGAAGAUACGGCUUAUUUUGGAGUCUACGGGUACGCAGACACCGGCUGAUAUUGUCUUUGCUACGGUUUUGAUUCGCUCGAUGGUUGAUUUCCCGUUGAUGAACGAUAUUUACGUUUCGCUUUUUAAAAAGCCGAAUCCCCCCGCCAGAGCUACGGUGGCUUGUGGGGAUACUCUCCCCGAGGGCGUGAAGAUUAUGGUCUCGUUGGUCGUUGAUUUGGGUCCCAGGGACCUGCGACAAGGCCUUCAUGUUCAGUCCCGGUCAUACUGGGCUCCGGCUAAUAUUGGACCUUAUUCACAGGCUAUGUCUAUUCCGGUGCAAUCAGCGCGGCUGGUGUACAUUGCCGGUCAAAUACCUUUGGAACCGGCGUCGAUGGAUAUGGUCGCUGGCCCAGAGUCAUGGCUUGAGGGUUACUCUUUGCGAGCGGUGCUGUCUUUACAGCAUAUGUGGAGGAUUGGGGCAGCGAUGCAGGUUGACUGGUGGCUGGGGGCAGUUGCGUAUCUCACGGGAACAGAGCAUAUUGGUGCCAAAGCACAAAUAGCAUGGCGCCUGUGGGAGACGAUGCAUGCGCAGCAAACCGAUUCAGACGAGGAUGACGAAGAGCCGGCGUUGGAUGCUUGGGACAUUAAGUAUGGAGGACGAGCUUAUGACCAGCCCACAAACUUAGAGGCAGCUGCUUUGCCUAACAUGUCUGUGGUGCAGUCGGACGUACUGGUUCCUCCAUUCUUUGCUGUCCAGGUUGCUGAACUACCCCGGGGUAGCGAUAUCGAAUGGCAGGGUUUGGGUUACCGGUGCAGUGGUUUGAAAAUGGCCGCGGAAGAGUUGGAUGUUGGUCGCAAGAUCGACACCAUCACGGAUGAGAAUCUGCGAUAUACAGGAAUUGAGAUUGGCAAAGAAUCCAGUACUGGACUGGAGUCGUGCCUGCAGCGCAUUCUUGAAAAAUACUCCACAGCGGGGGUUUCCCAUGCAGUUCUCUACACAACACAGCCGCUGCCUGAAAAGACUUGGUUGGGUCAGGUCGUGCCUUGCACCUCAAACCAUGAGGAGGAGAGAUUACAUCUUCCUAAUAAUCUAAUCCAACCCGAUUCAUUUCUCCCGGACAGUCUCCGAAAUUAUUCCCGGUCGCCGCACCCCUACCAUCGCAAGGGCUCCAAACGUCCCGAACCGCAUUUGCUACCUACCGACGGCGGUGAUCGACCAACUCCCAAUUCAUGGCCUAAAACGUCUAGUGAUAGCGGUACCGAGGCAGAUGAUGAGAGUACAGGAAUUUUAAAAGGACUCCCGGCGCCCCCUCUUCGGCAGCGGAAAGGGCUGCGUUCGGGCUUCAGUGAUGCCGCGGAACGUGAUUCGUGGUUACCGUUAUUGCAACCGUGGCCCUCACUGGGACGGUCAACGUCCCGGAGCUCACGACAGAGCUCCAGUGAGGACACGGGAACUGGAAGGGUGGGAUUACGACGGAAGACUGGGAAAAAGCGUAUGGAGGUCUUGCGAAGGCUAUUAGAGACCGGUCUGCUAUUGUCCGUGGGGGCGGUUGUGCUGUCCCAGGAGAAUACGAGGUUACUUGCAUGGGCUUGGAGAAAAGAACUGCUUGCUCAUGGCCUUCUUGUCACAGGCCUGUACGGGGUGUAUCCGCUGAGGAGAAAUGGACGCCUACGGUUUUCCGGAUUACACUCUUUUACCAUUCCAAGCAGCUUCGAUCCCGCACCCCUUCUUUACCCGAUUUUGAUACCCAUUUAUACCUCUUUAUCCUUGGCGCACCGUAGCCCUGCGUUGGUACUGCCGAACGUCAUUCUCAGUCUCUCGUCUUUACCCGCCCCGGUCAUUCCACUGCAUGAGUGGAUGCAUGGUCACAGUGUCGUCCAUUGGUUGGUCACGUUGAUACCCAUUGUUGUCUCGGAGCACUUUUCAGCCGAUCACACGAUACCCAAACCUCUCACGCUUCGCGGCCUCAGUUCUGAAGUUUUGACUCUUGUUUUUCCGUUGCAUCAAGCAUUGAUACCCACUUUAGAUUUUUUAUUAACUACCAGUAUCCUUCCGGCAGAGCUACAGCUUUUGACGAGUGCUCUUGUGAAUCUCUUUUUGUUUGCGAGCUCCCCCCAGGCGGAGAUCCUUAAGGCGCUAUUGUGGUUGGGCGGCUUGUGCAUUUUUAUCUCUUGCCGGCAUGUUCUCCGUUGGGAGGUCGCUCUAGCUAGGAUCCCCAGCUGGAAGUUUAGACGGUCGCCCAGUGGUUCUCAGUCACGAAAAAAUCUCUUGUAUGUUAUCGACCAUAAACUCUGCCAGAAACUGAGCCGAACGGGCUCCUCCGAAGAUGCUUUGUCGGACAGUGAAUCCGAGGCUCACGUAGCGCCAAUAUCACGCAGAACAACGCACGAGUUCCGAGAGAAGACUCCAGCUAGAGAACUGGCCGACAAACCCCCCCAAGAGAACGGCCAUCGGCAUGCAGCACAUCGAAGGCGACAUACCAUCUCCAGCGUGGAUGAGGUUGCACAUUCAGAGCGUAUCAGGACCACUCCCAGUGGCCGACGGAAGCGAUCGAUGGCCCCGGGUCUGGCAUCCUUUUUGUCACUGACGGUACCACAAGCACAAGUGCGGAAAUGGCUUUAUGCCCUGUACGUAUAUGCGGUUGUGGCAAUUAUCAUCAUGGGCCCAGUGCGAAAGUACGUGGGCGAACGCGCACUGCAUGGAGAGGAGCCCUUUGGGUGGGCCCUGAGCUACCUAUUCGGAAAUGUGUCCUGGUUCAGGUUCUGGGUGAUCAUGUGGAACCUGGAGUAUUGGAUCCCUCUUCCUCCUCGCUUGGACGGUGAAUUGUGCUCUCUCGGCUGGAUGGCGUGUCUCCGGCAAACUUCCUUUGGGGAAGCCAACACCCGCCUUCUGAUUGCUGCUCACUGUAUUGCGGUGAUUAUGAUGGGUCUAGGUGUGGUUUUCCAGUUGAGUUCCAUCGUAGAAGUGGAUACAAGACGCAAGGUGUUCCACGGCAUGAUGGUGUUAAUGUUCCUUCCCACCAUCUACAUUGAUCCUGCAUUCUGUGCUCUCGCCCUCGCUCUAGUACUGUCUAUAUUUCUCCUCCUGGACCUUUUCCGAGCUUCCCAAAUGCCGCCAAUCUCUCGGCCGUUGACUUAUUUCCUGGCACCCUAUGUUGACGGCCGUGACCAUCGGGGCCCUGUCAUCAUCUCUCACAUCUUCCUUCUUAUCGGAUGCUCUAUUCCACUCUGGCUUUCUUUGGCUGACAUGCCCCGGUCGGAAGAUCACCCGUGGGGCGUAUGGAACGUUCAGUCCCGGGAUGUCAGUAUGGUCAGCGGAGUAGUAUGCGUCGGCCUUGGAGAUGCAGCCGCGUCACUAGUGGGUCGUCGGUUUGGUCGGCGUAAGUGGUUCUGGGGUGGAGGCAAGUCCUUGGAGGGCAGUGUGGCAUUUGCGGUGGCCGUGACCGGAGGCCUAGUUUUUGCCCGAUUGUGGCUUGCCGCGGGCCAAUGGGCUGUGCAUGGGAACGAUGGGCAGAAUCAAAUAUUCUGGCCUUGGACGGUGUGCAAAGCCAUUCUAGCGGCUGCAGGCACCAGUGCGGCCGAAGCGAUUUUGACGGGGUGCAAUGACAAUGUCGUCGUACCGAUUGUGCUGUGGCUGCUCGUCAGGGGACUUGGUCUGUGA